AUAUUUUCUAUCUAAUUUUUUUUCGAGAAUUUUUUCACUUUCGCCCCUACAAGAGCUUGCUUUAAAAUGUCUACCCCAAACAGCGACGUAUUGUUGGAUGGAGAUCACUUCGUGGAUGGUAUACUGUAUCCUGACGCAGUACUGAGAGAAGAGGAGUACAAGAAGGUGCUGGACUUCCCUCUCCAGUCUGAUGACACCUUUGUCACCAGCUACCCUAAAUCAGGGACAGUUUGGACCAUAAGUCAAGUGAAGCUAAUCAAAGAGAAGGUCCAAGAACUUUCUGGCUCUAUCUCUGGUGACACAGUCCCACUGUCAAAAAUGCAUUUGGCUGAUUCUGUCUCCUGGCUGGAAGAAGAUGGAAAGGAGUUUGGAAUGGCUCUUCCGUACCCUCGUACUUUAACAUGUCACAUGCCUUACCACAUGCUGCCUGGUGGGGAGCCUCAUAAAUCGCCUGCCAAGUACAUUUAUGUCAUGAGGAAUCCUAAAGAUGUCUCCAUCUCCUUCCAUCAUUAUUUCUAUGUCCUUGUGGAGAGGAAGCAUGAGAUAAAAUUUGACGAUUAUUUUGAGAUGUUUGUGAAUGGGAACCCUUUAUAUGGGUCUUGGUUUGACCACGUCUUGCAAUGGUGGGAUCAUAGAGAUGCUAGCAAUAUUCUCAUUGUCAGGUUUGAAGAGAUGAAAAAAGACCUCCACAAGUCAAUAAGGACCAUAUCUCAGUUUAUGGGUCACAACCUUGACGAGCCCACUAUUAAUGCAAUUGCUGAGGAAUGCACUUUUGAUAGGAUGAAGGCCAACCCUCUCCUCAACUUGGACACCUCCCGCUAUGCCAAAAAAUAUAACAAGGAUCGUACUUUUAUGCGUAAAGGUGUCGUUGGAGAUUGGAAGAAUCAUCUGAGCCCAGAGCAGACAGCACAAUUUGAUGCCAUUUAUCAUAAGAAAAUGGACGGGAGUGGAUUAGAUUUUGGCAUUUAAUCGCUCUAAAAUGUAUAAUAAUCUAGCCUAGGUCAUGUUAUUAUAAAUAUUUAUUUUUAAAAAUUUUAAUAUAAAUGCAUCCCUCUGGACUUGAUGAUAGUACAGGCCUACAGGGUAUUUCAUUAAAAAUGGCUAUGAGAGAAUUCCCUAUUUUUAUAAUU